AUUCCCGUGGUCAUUCCAUUCCUCUUUUCAUCAUCUUUUCUGUUUAUAUGUUUAUAUUGGAGAUUGGAGCUGUUUGGAGAUAUUGUGGUUGCAGCCAGUUGCAGCAUAUAAAUGUAAAGGAUUGCAGGAUUUCCAGGGUAUCACAUAGGUAUGACAAAUCCAAAAGGCGCAGAUUUCACCCUACAAAGCUAUGAUGAAAACCCCUUUGAUGGUUUUAAAAUUGAUGAUAAUACUAUAUUAAAUAAAUUAGAAGGUAGACAACCAUGUCCCAAUUGUGGUAAAUCUAGAAAAUUCUUUUGUUACACUUGCUAUGUUCCAAUAAGCCCUUUAAAUGGAAAAUUGCCCCAUGUGAAGCUUCCAUUAAAAAUUGAUAUAAUUAAACACAAGUAUGAAAUUGAUGGAAAGAGUACUGCAAGUCAUGCUGCUUUGUUAGCAAGAGAUGAUAUUAAAGUAUAUACAUAUCCUGAUAUUCCAGAUUAUAGCAAUGAAAAUGUUGUUUUAAUAUUUCCUGGUCAAAAAGCUAUUAGCGUUAGUCAAUUAGUUAACGGGGGAAGUUUUGAAAAAAUACUUGAGUACCAAAGACAACCUUUGGAUGAACUUCCAGCUGGAUAUAAUAGAAGCACUUUAAUGAAAAACAUACCAAAAACCAGGGAGGAAACAAAUGUUAAGUGCAUUGUUAAACAGCUUCCUAUUACAAAAGCAGUAUUUAUAGAUAGUACUUGGCACCAAUGUAAAAGUAUUUACAAGGAUGAAAGAAUAAAGAGUAUUCCUUGUGUAGUCAUACAAAAUAGAAUAUCACAAUUUUGGAGGCACCAAAAAGGUAGCCCUAGGUGGUAUCUUGCUACAGUUGAAGCCAUACAUCAAUUUUUAUUUGAAAUACAUCUUCAUUGUUGGGGACUCCACCAAGAGUAUAAAGGUAUUAAAAAUUGUUUUACUGAAAAAGGUCUGGAACAACUCGAAUCUUGUUAUAGUAGAAAUGAGAAUGCAUAUAACGGACAAUAUGAUAAUUUGUUGUUUUUUUUUAAGCACAUGUAUGAUGUAAUUCAUACAUAUUACAAACAUGAAGAUUUAUAUGCAUAUAAAAGAAGAUUAAAGUAAUUUUAAACAUGUUCUAUUUUUUUAAGAAACAAGUUUGUGUAAUUGCUUAUCAUAAAAUGAUCUGAUGCAUUCUCGUUUAUUAUUUUUAAAGAAAUUGUAUUUUAUACAGAGUCCAGCAAUAGUGCGGCGGAUAGCUAAUCUACAGAUCUUAUAAUAAAAAAAAAUAUUUAGAAUUUUGUAUAAGUGCAGGUGUAACGUAUGUAUUAGGAUGUAUUUUAGGAAAAUAUUUUAUCUCUACAGGGUAGUUCAAAAAAGUGCGUAUUAUUGUAUUUUUGGCUUCCUUUCUGAUAACUUUAAUUAAUCCUAAAAUAUUAUUAUAUACAGGGUGCUACAAAUUCGAGGUACG